GCAGUCAAACCAGGACUGGAGAGAAUUCAUUCAACAACCCACUACUGCAAGAUGGUAGAGGAGUCUUAACUGAUACCAUCGCAGCUACAAAAAACCACAGAAGAAAGUUCCUACCUCAACGGAUUGUGACUGUUGGUUUACUCGUCACAAGUAAUGCGAGGACAAAUCCUUUACUUCUCGUGAUGAAUUUAACUUCUGUGCAAGAAGAAAUAAAGCAAGACUCUACUGCUGCAAAGGAAGACAGAGAGGAGAGAAAACAACACAACCACAAGUGAAUGCAUGUCUGCAUGACAUGUAACACAGACAUUCACAUAAUUCUUCUCUGACAAUAAGACCUUCUAUCCUAGCAGAAUGUCAGAGUACAUCGUCUCGUGGGUCCAGUGGUUCAUCUACAUCCCAACAAUCGCUCUUGGCCUCCCAUUGAACCUCUUAGCUCUGUGGACAUUGUUUUUCAAGAUAAGACGAUUCACAGAGACAACUGCUUAUGUUACCAGCCUUGUUAUAAAUGACAUCCUUCUCAUAUUCUCCUUGCCUUUCAAGAUAUAUGCUUAUAACCAACAAUGGGGUCUGGGACGUGGAUUUUGUUCAUUUCUGGAGAGCCUGAUAUAUAUAAACAUAUAUGGAAGCAUUUUGUUUAUAGUAUGCAUUUCAGUGGAUCGCUAUAUUACACUGAGGUUCCCCUUCACAAUUUCCAAGUUUCGCUCUCCACAGAAGGCUGCAGUGCUCUGCCUUGCGAUAUGGGUCUUAAUUUUUGGAGUCAGCCCUGCAGUUUACCAAUUGCAUGACCACGGGGACAGUUGUUUCCAAAAUUUCUCCAACGCAACCUGGAACAAGGUGGAAAUUGUUGUGUCUUUGGAGACCGUGUUCUCGGCCAGCACAAUCAUCAUGGUUUUUUGUUCCACGAAUGUCUUGUUAAUUCUGAAAGGCUUGAGAAAUCGAAACCCACAGGACAAAAAGCUGCAGAAUAACAAGUCAGUGAAGAUCGUCAUCAGCAACCUUGUCACAUUUCUGGUGUGCUUCAUCCCCUAUCAUGUUGCUGUGCUUAUUUAUUUCUGGGCAAAAAACUCAUCCUCAGUGAGAGAGAAAAUUGAUCAAUUGAGAAUGUUUUUACACAUCAGUUCUUCUGUGAGUAGUGUUAACUGUUUGUUUGAUGGAAUAUGCUACUAUUAUAUAUUGCUGGAGAACUGGCAGGCAGCUUCAGUGGCUGACACCCAGACACGAGCAGACACGAGGCCUAUGGAUGGCUGAGCACCUGUCCCUUUUGUCUCAAAUGCCUGAUUGUGACCCUUUUAUUUGGUAAUAAAAAUGUAUAUUUAUA